AUGAAGAAGCAUUCUAUUAUUUUAUUAUUGGCGGUCUGGGUUGUCCUGAUCCAGGGCAUCUUUGCCCAGACCACGAGUUGUAGUACGGAUAAAACUUUUUGCGUUACAAUCACGCCUCCUUUGACUUCAAGUGCGAACUCUUUAGCGACAUUCAAAUUAGUUGCGCCAUCAACAGUUGGUUGGGUUUCGGUGGGUAUCGGUUCGUCCAUGAUUGAUACUUACAUAGUGAUGGCUUGGCCAACCACGACGAAUUCUGUGGCCAUUUCGCAACGUAUUGCCACCUCCUAUUCUGUGCCCGUGUUGCUAGGUUCACAAAGUGACAUUACCUUGGAUCCGUCAAGUGGUAUUAAAGAUGGAUUUUUCACGGUGAUUUUCACUCGACCAUCUGUGCUCGCGAAUUCAACGUUCACCCAAGAUACAAAGAAUUUUAUCUGGGCCGUGCAAUCCACUUCACGUCCCUCCGAUGACCCAACCACGACCACGAUCACCAUGCACGAUUCAUUCGGUUAUAUUGUAUUGGGCGGUGGUAUGACGGAUCGACAAAAGUUCAUCCUCGGCCACGGCGUCAUAAUGUUUUUGAUUUGGGGAUUGAUUGUUCCCACUUCAAUAUACAUCGUUCGAUUUGCGAGAAACACUUUAUCCCACUUAUAUGUCCGAUUGCAUUGGAGCCUUCAAGUUUUCUUGGCAUCACCUUUGAUCAUCAUUGGUUGGUUAUUGGUCUUUGGGGCCGGGGUACAAUUCAAUCCGAGCAACACUCAUCACGUUCUCGGAGUGGCCAUAACAGCUUUAUACUUUGGUCAACUUACCCUCGGGUGGAUUCAUCACCACCUAUAUGAUUCCGAACGUAAAUAUUUUGCAUGGUGGACGAAGCUUCAUUGGUGGUGGGGCAGAAUAUUGGUGGUCAUCGGAUUUGUUCAACUUGCCAUUGGUUUAUCGGAAUACAAUGCAGGAGGAACAGUUGUGAUCAUUAGCUACGUCUGGUUCAUUUUUGUCAUCGCGCUAUAUAUUGGAUGGUCGUAUUAUCUAUAUAGGCAAAGGAAGGAUGGAAGAAAGGAUAUAUUAUACACUGGGAUACGUCGUGGUGACGAACAAACCGAGAGUUAG